AUGUCGCCGCCCCCCCCCCUUCCCCAGCGUCGCCUGCGGGCCUGGCUGCUGGAGCAGGUUUCGAGCGGGCGCUACGAGGGGCUGGUGUGGGACGACCCCGAGCGGACGGCGCUGCGCAUCCCAUGGCAACGGGGCGGGAGCGCGCUCUGCAAGGCCUGGGCUGAGUUCAAGGGCCGCCUGCCCCCCGGUGCCCCCCCGGACCCCGCUGCUUGGAAGUCCCGGCUCCGCUGCGCCCUCCAUAAGAGCCCCGAGUUCCAGGAGCUGCCCCAUAGAUCCCAGCCCCACGGACGCAGCCCCUAUAGGGUCUAUAGGGUCCUGCCCCCCAGGCCCGAGCCGGGGAGCACAGGUAAGGGGGUCUAUGGGGGUGGGAAGCGACCCCGCCCCCAGCAGCCGCAGGCGCCGCCUCUGAUUGGCUCUUCCGGAAGCCCCGCCCCCGAGGAGGAGGAGGCGGAGGCCGGGGGCGGAGCCUCCGACCCAGGCCCCGCCCCCUCCGCCACCCAGGCCCCGCCCCCCCACGUGACCCUCACCCUGAGCAGCCCCCAGCCGCUGCCCCCCGCCGAGGCACCCGCCGUGGCCUCUACCUCCGCCUCCGCCCGGGACCUCCGGGCCACCAGGGGGCGCUGA